CAUACCAAUUCACAAUUUACAUUUUACUUCAUUGUAUUCCAUUCGAUUUGCGAAAAAAUACGUUCUAAAAAAACACCUUAUUGUUUAAAUUUUCUUUGGACAAUAAAGUUGUUAAACCUGGCUACAUCUGAAGCGGAUAUUGCCCAAACAAUGGAAGUAGAUGUGUAUUCUAUUGCUGAAGGAUCUCGGUUACCACUUAUUGAUGAAACUACGGCUCUUGGAACUCAGGCACCGAAAGACAGAUUGAUAGCUGUGUUGGACCAAGUCGAGAUGCGUGUGGAGCGAUUGCGCCGGGACACAGUACGGAUCGAGGAGGAGCGAGAUUCCCUGCUAUCUACUCUUGACAGCGUCAAGCAUUCGGAUCUUUUAAAUGAAAUUUCUGACUGUGAUCAAGAUGACAUAAAGCGGUAUGCGGAGCGCAUCCUGGCGCGCGCCAUGACCGUGGAAGUGGCUGUGCGCACCGACCGCGACUCACAACAGGAAGAGGCUUUGCAUCAGGUGAACAUGUUCAUAGACCAACUAGUAAUGUCAGUGCAUGACGACACAGUGGCCGCUCACACGCGCUGUCAGACGUACAUGAACGCGUGUACUUCUCAGCCGGAUCCGUGCAGUGGAACAGAUAGAAACUUUGAGACCGCUAUACUCGGCUGCACCCUCGAUGACCAAAAACGAAUCAAGAAACGUCUCCAGGGUCUCCUGGAAUACUUUGCAAAGCUUAACGUGACGUCAUACUCGUGAGUGAGGGAUAUGUUCGACAAUUUCCACAUAUGAGUGUUAAUUGUAUUGCCAGCUUCAUUUCAAUUAUGGACUGGUGUGGAUGUGCCUUUAAAUUUUUUAUCUGUGAAAGAAGAUUUUAACAGCGAGAUUCAAUGAGCUACACACUUGGUUUUUUUAUUAAAACAAUUGCAUUUAUUUAAUCACAUAUUCGAAGUAUAAAAUAUGGUACUAACACAAUUAAAAUAGUUCAUUUCAUACCUACAUAUUAUUCUAGUGUUUUAUUAAUUUGUUCUUGCGUCGAUUUUGCAUAAUACGCACAAUAGACUGAAAGUAAUUAUAGUUUUUACAGUGAUAAGGCUAGCCAGUAUUACAUAAAGAGAACACUAAAUACUUUGUAAUUUCAAAGGCUUAUGCCUAGAUAUUCCAUGUUAUUUUAAAUAAUCUUUAAAUCUAUUUAAAAUUAGGGCAUAUCCACAUUAACGCCUUUCACUAACAGCAACGAAAUCACAAGCUUGAUUAAUAUAAACAUUUUCGCAAAGUUAAUUACGAUCAAUUCGAUUUCGUCGAUCGUCUACUCAAACAUCAAGUUAUGUGCAUGUAAAUUUUAUUAAAAAAAAACUUUUCUGAAUAAAUUACAUUCUUAACUUAAAGCUAUUAAUGUUACGAAUAAAAAAAUAACGAAAACAUAUUUGUACGAAAUAUUUUAUGUUGCAGAUUAUUUUUUUUUUACCUUACUAUGUAUAACAAAAAAAUAUCCAAGGAAAGAUUAAGGAAAUUUAAGUAUAUAAAUUAAUAAAAACUUGUAUGUAAAAUUAAAUCUUCAAGGGAGUGAAAUCUUGAUCUUGAUAACGUGAUAUUAAUUAUAAAUGCUAGGACACUAAAACCUAUUUCAAAUUAUCUGUUUAUUAUCGCUCUUAAGGAUGAUCUGCCAAUUAUAAUUAAAGGUAACGGAUUCUAGUCGCAAUGUUUGACAUUUAAAUAAUGAAUUAUUAUUUAAUGUAAAUGAUUAAAACAUAUAUAGUUUUCAUUGGAUUUGAACAAAAUAUAUAUUUCAUUUUUUGUACAAAAGUUAUAAUUGUAUUCAACACUGUGGACAAUCUUAUUGGACUUUCGAAUUUAAUAAAAUAUAAUUAACUUUGCAAGUAGUAGUACUAACAGCCAGUGAAUGUCCCACUGCUAGGCUAAGGCCUCCUCUCCCUUUUUUUUGAGAAGGUAUGGAGCUUAUUCCUCCAUGCUGCCCCAACGUGGGUUGGUGGAAUACAUAUGUGGCAGAAUUUCAGUGAAAUUAGACACAUGCAGGAUGGACGAUCAUCGGCUAAGAUUCAUGUGUUCUUACCACUGAACCAUCUCGGCCAACUUUGCAAGGCAUUGCUUAAAUUUAGAACAUAUGUUAGGAAUGAUAAGAUUUGUCUUCAGUUAUUUUUGAUUUGACAACGUGCAUGAUUAAGAGGUAAUAAUAAUUAAAAAUUAAAUUUUGCAAUUUUUUUUUUAAAUAUCAAUUCAAUAUAAUUGAAGGUAUGUGAUAUUACCUAUAAAGAUAGAGACAGCAUUACUACUAAUGAUAUAACAAAAUAGAUUUUAAGACUGAUCAGAAGCCUCAUAUUGAGUAUUGCGCCACAGUUUUAUAUAAUAACGUAUGUAAUAUAAAAUAUAGUGUAAUUGGCAGAUCACUUCAGAAGUGAUACAUAAAGGGGCUUUGCCUAAACUAAUGUAAUGUUAAUUUUUUUUUUAAAUUUAGUUACUUCUCUUUUUCUAUAGUAUAAGCAUUGACAUUUUGUAUAGCGUAAACAAGAUGUCCUUAUCAUUUGAAAUUUAACCAAAAAAUAAUUUUAACUAAAUUUUUUGAUAUAUUCUGAUAAUUAUUAUAGAUAAUCAUCUGAUUGUAUUGGAUA